AUGUCUUCUACUCCGUCCUCUCGCAACUCCGUUCGAAGAAUCUGUUCUCGCCGUCCACGUCCGUCCGUCGCGUCAAUAGCAGAUAUUUUUGUCGGCUCGCUGGUUCUGGCAAGCUUCUGCCAUGAACAUUCACCGCGCCGCCGAGGGUUUGCGACAAUAUCCUGGAGUCCCCCAUACCGCAAUCUACAAAGUAUUCGAGGCAAAGGGGUGAAUAGUCGUGGACAACUAUCCCAAACCCAGCCGGAGUAUUCAAGCUCCAGGUUGCAAUUGUCGCAACCCAAAAGACUGAUCAGCAACGGACUGGCGCGUACGAAUGAUGAUAGUGUGGAAGAAGGAGGAGGAGGAGAAACCAAUGCGAGAUUGCCGGAGGAAGCGGAGGAAGACAACGAUUAUAUACCCUUGUGGGUGACCGAGACUGCGGAUAGGAAACCACAAAAACAGCACCACAGACAGGACUCGAAACGAGAUUACCACCAUAUAACACAGUCGAAUAACGAAUCAUUCGAUCCUGGCCUUGGAUUGACGGAAACCGAUGGCCAGUUUCUUGAAACACCUCCACCAUAUCUGAGUCCCGACAAAGAGAGAUACUUGUCUACAUUGACGUUGUAUCGGAAACUAUUGGCCGAUCAUGACUGGGAACGAGCAGCAAAUGCUGUGGCGUCCUAUCAGCAAUUUAACAAAAUGACGAAAGAUGUGUCGCGUGAUGAAACCGAGAGCCGGGCAGUUGCUGAGCUUGUCACCACAUUGUGGCAAGAAAGAAACGCUUCCACUCAAUACCUUUUUCGAUUAUACAGAGAGCUUCCUGCUCCAGGCAUCACAUUACUCUCAAAGCGGACACGCGGUGCCUUGUUGCGUCGGUUUGCGAAUCCGCGAGACCGGCGAUGGGUAGAUGCUCGUCGCUACUUGGCCUUGGUGGAGGACAUGGUACUCGCCGGGCUUCCUGUAUCCCUCUCACUCUGGUCUUCUGCCAUCCACCUAGCUGGCCGAGCGAAUGGCACGGUUUUGAAGAAAGACCUUAUCCGAGCUAUUGGCCUGUGGCAGCAGAUGGAACAUGUUGCUGGUGUGCAAGCUGACGAAGUGGUCUUCAACAUCCUAUUCGACAUCGCCAUCAAAGCUGGUCAAUUUUCGGUUGCGAAUCGACUAGAGCAGGAGAUGGUCAAGCGGGGCAUGGGCUUCUCGCGCUGCGGAAAGGUCUCCAAAAUUUACUACUAUGGCAUGAUCCGGGAUGCAGAAGGGAUUCGAAGGACAUUUGAUGACUUCGUGCAAUCUGGGGAGAUCGUCGACACGGUUGUCAUGAACUGCCUCAUCGCUUCUUUCCUGCAGGCAGGCGAGCGGCAAACAGCAGAGCAGCUGUACGCACGCAUGCUAGAAAAGCAGCAAAUUGAACGCAAUGCCAAUCGCAAUUCCGAAGACGGAGCAUUGGUUCGAUCUGGCACUGCGGACUUGACCUACAACAUGCCAGAAUAUCGACAAAAAACAAAAAAGUUAGGCCGUGUGUUGAAGAAGUCCUUGGCCCUCAAACAUCAGUAUCCCGAAUAUCACCGUGCCCUUCAGGACUCUCUCUCUCUGUCACCCGACACGCGGACUUUCUACACCUUCCUACGACACUACGCCUACACAUCUGGUCAGCUGGACUGUUUCAUGGCUGUUGUAGGUGACAUGGAAAAGACCUUCAAGGUCCCCCCACGCGGCAUCAUCUAUCUCUUCCUAUUUGAAGGAUUUGCCAUCCAUGGUCGGAAGAAAAAGCAAUGGACCCCAGAAAAUCUCCGGUUGACCUGGCACGCAUACAUUCGGGCUUUACACGACUCGAAUGCGAGACUUCGUGGACUAUACCUGAAUAGUCGCAAGAAUGCAUGGGAGAAUCCACUUGCUCAGACUGUGGAAAUCGACAUGGAAGAAGAGCUGCCAGUGAGCGAUUCUCCCGAUGGACUAUAUAUGUCUUUGCCAUCAGCAGACGGAGAGCCCAGCGCUGCGGAGCAGCCACAGGAAGGCGAGAAAAAGGCCGAGCCCCCUACCACACAAGGCCCUGAUCCCAAGGGUCUCAAGCCAGGCGAAUCGGAGUCUAUCCCAGAUGAACAAGAUGACUUUAUCUCUCAAGAUGAACUCGACGAAGUGUUCAGGCAUCGCUCCCAUUCUGAUUCUGAUCCUAGACAGCACGUCGAUCGUCGCGUUGAAAAUGGUGUUUUCAUCGGACGCCGCAUGAUCACCAUUAUCCUACGAGCAUUUGGAACAUGCUGUGGUCCCAAAGAGGUCCUGGAUGUUUGGUUGCAACUCGAGCGGCUCUGGCAUCCUCAGCAUCGCAGAGCGAUUGAUGUCCUUGCCAUCAAGGAAGAACUUGAUAAACAGAUGUCAAGGAAUCCUCACCGGAAGAACUGA